AUGACUCGCUCGCUUCUCUUACAGCGCCUACAGGCGGUCGCCGACCAGCAGCCUCCGAGCCAGCCGCCCAGCAGACCGCCUGACCUGCCGGCGGAAGCCGCGCAUACGGCGGAGGCUGCCCGCCGUGCUGGCGGCCCCGCGGCAGCAACGGCGCAACGAAGGGAAGCAGCCGCAGCCAGAAGGACUGCUGGGGGAGCGGGUGAAAGGGAAGGGCGAGCGGAGGAGCAGCGCGGUGGCAUGCGGUUGGAAUCGGUUUUGUCCACCAACCCCCUAGUCGCCCGGCCUGCCCGGCCAGAGCCCGCCCUUCCCCCCUACGCUUUCCCCUCGCCCACCCCCCACUCUUCCGCCCUUGGUCUCCCCGUGCCCCCCUUGCACGGGACCACAGGCACAGGCAGGGGAACAGGCGUGGGCACAGGUACGGGCACAGGUGCGGGCACAUGCACAGGCACAGGCGCGGGCACGUCCACAGGCACGGGAACAGGCGCGAGCACAGGUACGGGCAGAGGCGCAGGCAUGGGAACAGCCACGGGGUUGGGCGUGCGGUUGGAGCAGGUGUGGAGAGGUGCUAGCAGUCACGGGAGCGGCAAGGGCAGGCGGCGGGCGGUGUGGUGGAGUGACGAGCAGACAAUCGCUCUGCUGAAGAUCAUGCGCGGCGUGCUGCGUGCUCAGGGCAGCACCCUCCCCGGCAAGAUCGAGGACUGGGGGGCGGUGCACCGCGAGUGGUUGAGGCGAGGAUUCCCCAGGCACUCGGAGGAGCAGCUGAGGAUCCGGUGCAGAGUGGUGCGCGGGUGGGUGAAGGACAUACAGGCCCUCCAGGCAAUGCUGCCGCCUGAGGUCGAGUGGGACCCCACCACUCAGUACUUUGAUCCCGACCCCAAGCUGGGCAUUAUUCCAAAGCUGAGGCAGCACCCGCUGUCGCGGAACUACCUGCGGUGGUGCAGCCACGUGGCACCCUGGCUGCCCCUCGCCCUGCUCUCCACCCACACCUGCCCUGCUGAGAACGUGCAAGGGGAGGUGCAGUGGGGGGAGGAGGAGGAGGAUGAGUGGGAGGAUGAUUGGGAAGAGGAGGAUGAGGAGGGAGAUGGAGGGGAACAGGGAGAGGAGGAGGAGGAGGAGGAGGAGGGAGACGAUGGGGAAGAGGAGGAUGAUGAAGUGGUGGAGGUGCGGGUAGGAGAGAUGGGGAAUGGAGAGGCAGAGGGGGAGGAGAUAGGAGGGGUGAGUGGAGGGGGUUGGAGAGGUGGAGAGUGGAACGGUGAUGAGUGGUGGGGAACGAGGAGGGGAAAUGUGGGGCGCCAGGCUGGGGAAGGGGGAGGUGUGAGGAGCAGAGGAGGGGGAGAGGGUGUGGGGGGGAGAGGGAUUGGGAGUGAUGGGGUUGGAGCUGCGCAGGGGAAUGGCAGGAUUGGCCGUCCAGCUGAUGCACCGCGGGCCAAUGGCGUGCAUCGUGCUGAGGUGGCACGAAACAAUGUCACUUGUGCUGACGGUGCUCGUGCUGACGUGGCCCAUGCUGCUGACAUGGCCGGUGCAAGCGCGGAUGAGAGGGACGAGUACCCUGCGAGGCUGGCAGCGCGGAUCGCUGGGAUGGUGGCGAGCAGGAGGGAGCAAGGCGGCACUGAGAGGAGAGGGGUUGACGGCGAGGGGGGAGAGGUUGGGGAUGGAGGAGAUGGAGGAGGAGGGAAUGCAAGUGCAUGGCGGGAAAUUCGGGUUCAAGAGGGGCAGAAUCGAGUGGGGAGGGGUGUGAAGCGGUCGAGGCCGGUGUGGGUGCAGGUGAGGGAGAGGAAGCGGCAGCGGCGGGUGAUGGAGAGUGUGGCGCGUGCCCUCACCACGUUCAGGAGCAUGGCGGAGAAGGGGCAGCCCCACGUGCACCGAGACGCGGUAGCUGACAGUGUGUUCAAGUCCGUGCAGGACGUGCAAGCCCUCCCCUCCUUAACGGACGCGCAGCGCGUGGCGGCCAUCGACGCCUUCCUGCAGCGCCCCCUCGACGCCCACGCCUUCCAGGCCAUGAGCCCCGCCCUGCAGACCCUCUUCGCCCGCCGCGCCCACGCCCACGCCGUUGACCGCCAGCUCGCCGGCGUGCAGGCUGCUGCUGCUGCUGGGGGGGGUGCCGGCUUGGUGGACCAGCAGCUUGCUGGGCUGUCGGGUGUGACUGCAGGUGUUGGGGUGGUUGGUGGGGGAGGGGGGACGGGGGGAUUGGGUGGGGGUGUGGGGGGAAUGGGUGCUGGGGGAGUGGGAAUGGGAGAGGCUGGGGUGGGGGCGACAGGGUUGGGGGCAACUGGAGUGAGGGGGACGGGAACAGCGAGGGUUAGAACAGCAGGGGUGGGAUCAACGAGGGUGGGUAUGGGGGUUUCAACGAUGGGCAGGACAGGAACAGGGGGAACAAGGAUGGGGGAAACGCGUACGGGGGCAAUGGGAAUGGCGGGAACGCGGAUGGGGGAAACGGGAACGGGGGGAACGCGGAUGGGAGAAACAGGUUUCGGUUGGAGGGGAUUGGGGAUGGUAGGGCAAGCGGGAGCAGUGGGGGGGAUGGCAGGAGGUGGGGGUGGGGGUGUGGGAAUGGCUGCAGCAGCAGGAGCCGCCUCAGCAGGAGAGGCGAGGGGUGUACAAGGUGUGGGCGGGGGUGGAGGAGGAUCAAGAGGGGUGGGUCGAAGAGGAGGGGCAGGAGGAGCAGGUGGAUUGGGCGGCACAGGUGGGUUGGGCGGCACAGGUGGGUUGGGCACAGGGGAGGCGGGCAGCAUGACAGGGCUGGAGCUGCUGGGGCAUCGCGUGCAGGAGUUGGUGCGAGAGAGCCUGGGAGCAGUCAACGCUGGUCAACAGAUGGCCAGCACUGGUCAACAUGCAGUCAAUGCUGGUCAACAGGCAGUCAAUGCUGGUCAAGGGGCAGUCAAUGCUGGUCAAGGCGGGGUGGUUGACGUUCCAGUGGUGGUCACUGGGAUUCAAUGCGAGUGCCGUGAGUGUGUGGCUGCUAGAAUGCGUCAAGGCACAGUCAACGCGAGUCAAGAUGUGGUCAAUGUGAGUCAACCAGCGGUCAAUGCGGGUCCAGCACUGGUCAACGCGAGUCCACCAGUGGUCAAUGCAGAUCCAAGUAGGGGAGUUGCAGCGAGUCAGGUGGAGACAGCUGUCUGCCAAUCAGGGUUGGGUGCAGGGCGUGGGGGGGCGGCUGCAGUGCUACAGACAAGAAAUGCUGGUCAAGCACCAGUCAACGUGGGUCAAGCACCAGUCAACGCUGGUCAAGCACCAGUCAACGCUGGUCAAGCAACAGUGAAUGCAGGAGGAGGGGUAGUGGUUGUGGGUCAAGGCAGAGCAGGAAGGGGAGGAGGGGGAGGAGGAGGGGAGAGAGGGGUUUGGAGGGAAGCCGCGAUCGUGGGGCUGCCAUUGGUGGAGCGGCUGCUGCAGGGCCAGGCGAAGGAAAGAAGCCGUGCUGUGGUGAGGGGACAGGGGGAGACCGGCAGGCAGGGAGAGGAGCAGCAAGGGGAGCAGGGAGGGGGGCAGGGAGGGGGGCAGGGAGGGGAUGAGAGGGUGGGGACGGUGAGUGUGGCGGGGGGCAGGGGCAGCGGAGGGGGGGUGUUCACGCUGUCGCACCGCUGUGUGGCGGACGGGCCGGCAGGGCAGUGCAGCCUGUGCAGUAUCGUUGCUGACCUCGUCAAAGAGCUGGGGGGAGGCGCUGCUGGGGAAGGGGGUGCUGCUGCGGGAGGCGCCGCUGGGGGAGGCGCUGCUGGGGGAGGCGCUGCUGGGGGAGGCGCUGUUGGGGGAGGCGCUGCUGGGGGAGGCGCUGCUGGGGGAGGGGGAGCUGGGGGAGGGGGUGCUGCUGGGGGAGGGGGUGCUGCUGGGGGAGGGGGUGCUGCUGGGGAAGGGGGUGCUGCUGCUGGGGGGGGGGUGCUGCUGAGGGAGGGGGUGCUGAUGAGCUCGUCAAAGAGCUGGGGGCGCCUGGCGAUGGGCGGGGGCGGGGCAAGGAGCUGGGCGCACCUGGCGAUGCGGCACGUGUUGCGCACUGGGGGCGAGGUUGGGGGCACUGAGGGUGAGAUGUCCGGUCUGAGAGGGGAGGAGGGCGGGAAUGCUGUUGGAGGGGCGGACGGGGCAGUCGCGGUGGAGAGGGGUGUGGCGGGAAGGAUGAGGGCAGAGGAGGGUGGGGAGGGAAGGGGUGGUGGAGGUGAAGAGGCAGUCAAUGCAGGUGAAGGGGCGGUCAAUGCAGGUGAAGGGGCGGUCAAUGCAGGUGAAGGGGCGGUCAAUGCAGGUGAAGGGGCGGUCAAUGCAGGUGAAGGGGCGGUCAAUGCAGGUGAAGGGGCGGUCAAUGCAGGUCAAGGGGCGGUCAAUGCAUGUGAAGGGGCGGUCAAUGCAGGUCAAGGGGCGGUCAAUGCAGGUCAAGGGGCGGUCAAUGCAGGUCAAGGGGCGGUCAAUGCAGGUCAAGGGGCGGUCAAUGCAGGUCAAGGGGCGGUCAAUGCAGGUCAAGGGGCGGUCAAUGCAGGUGAAGGGGCGGUCAAUGCAGGUGAAGGGGCGGUCAAUGCAGGUCAAGGGGCGGUCAAUGCAGGUGAAGGGGCGGUCAAUGCAGGUGAAGGGGCGGUCAAUGCAGGUCAAGGGGCGGUCAAUGCAGGUGAAGGGGUGAAUGGAGCGGAAGAGUUGAACCUUUCAGGCCGGAAUGUGAGUGUUGGAUGGGAUAUGCGUGAGGAGGGGUUGAGUGAGGGGCCAGGAACUGUAUGUGUGAGGGACGAUGGAGUUAUUGUGUUCGAGGGGGGAGAUUUGAGUAUGGGGGAGGGAGGCACUUCUGAGGGUGAAGGGGAUGUGACUCUGAGGGAGGGGGAUGUACCUAUGGGGGAAGGGGAUGUGACUCUGAGGGGAGGGGAUUCGAGCAGUAAGGAGGGGAAGGAAGGAGAUACGAAAGGGACGGAAGGAGAGAUGAAUGGGAAUGAGAGGGAGACGGACGGGAUCGGGGGAGAGACGGGUGGGAAGAAGGAAGAGACGAGUGGGAAUGAGGGAGAGAAGAGUGGAGAGGAGACAGAGAAGAGUGGGGAGGAGGGAGAGAAAAAUGCGGAGGAGGGAGAGAAGAGUGGGAAAGAGGGAGAGACUAGUGGGAAGGAGGGAGAAAAGGCUGGGGAGGAGGGAGAGAACAGUGGGAAAAAGGGAGAGACGAGUGUGAAUGAGGGAGAGACGAGUGUGAAUGAGGGGGUCGAGGCCUUGGGGAAAAACGAUUUGACUGCAAAGGAAGGAGAAAAUGUAGGAUGCAAGAUAGGAGACAAGCAAGUGGAAAGCGAACAAGACAAGGAAGAGUGCAUGAGCGCCCAGGCAGGUGAGGUGCAAGUGGUUGCACUGGCAGGUCGUGAGGACUAG